GUCCUCUCUCUCUCUCGCCGUCUCUUUCUCGCCGUCUCUCUCGCCUUCUCUUUCUCGCCGUCAAUCUCGUCGUCUCGUCAUCUCUCUCACCGGUUUGAUCUUCUUCUUCGUAGAUCUAUGCUUAUAUGUUUGAAUUCGUUUAUGGGUUUGCUUCGGUUUAUGUUAUGUAUUGAUUUCCCUUUUGAAUUUGUCAUGGGUUUAUGCUUGAGAAUGUGUUGAAAUACUGAUGGGUUUGCUUGGUUUGAUUACAUAAGUAUGCUUCAAGUUUCUUGUUAGCUUAGCUUAUCUCACUAGUAGCUUGUGAAAUCUCAUAGCUUGUGAAUUAUUUAUAUGGCAGGUUGUUUCUUGCAGUUUACUUGGAUUGCAAUGACAUCUGUCCCUGGUACUGAUUCCCUGGCAUGGACUGAUGAGCAAACCCGGUUCUACCUCAAACUGAGAGUUGAGGAGAAGCUGAAAGGAAAUGAAAGAAAAGGAAAUCUUAAUGAAGUUGGGAGACAGUCCAUUAUCGACAAGUUUUAUGAAGCUUAUGGGGAAAGACACGUUUGGAGAAAAUUUGGGAUCAAGCACACUACUUGCAAAACUCAGUAUGCAAGGUUCAAACGGUUGAUCAACAAGAGGACCGGACUUGGCUAUGAUGCAAAUGGGUACGUAGACAUGUCUGAUGACUGGUGGGAUCAACUUUUUAAGGAAUUCCCAUCAGCUAGAAAGCUUAAAGAGAAUCCACUAGCAAAUGUUGACUUGUUGGAGAAUGUGUUUGGAGCGGUUCAUGUAAGUGGAGGUGAAGGAUGGACUGCUCAGCAAGGCGAAGACUCUUUGGAUAAGCAAGGCGACAAUAAUGAUGGUGAUGCUGAAGACACUGAUGUGGAUCAAGUUCCUCCUACUCAAGAUAUCAGUGCUCCAGCUGAAUCAAGAACUGCUGGCCCUUCAUCCAGUAGAACAAAAGCUAACAGGAAGAGAUCAACUGCUCAAGUAGGACAGGCUGUAGUAGAUUGUCUUUCUGACAAGAACAAGAUGAUAGGGAACCACCUUGAGUUCAGUUGCAACCAGCUUACAGCUAUGGAAGCCUUACACUCACUGUCUGCUAUCAGGCACUGGUCUCCUUUGUACAAGGCAGCCAUCGAUCAUCUCAAGCAGGACCCUACCAAUCGUCAGACCUUCUUGUUCUAUAAAGAUGAUGAGGACAAGGUUCUCUACUUGGAGUAUGCUACUGGUGAAAGUAGAGAUGCUUGA